GCCUUGCGUCGCCACGGCGCCGAGCGACGGGUGCCGGGAGGGCGAGGGCCGGGAUGUGUCUUCUGCUGGGGGCCACGGGCGUCGGGAAGACGCUGCUGGUGAAGCGACUGCAGCAGCUGAGCUCCUGCGACCGGAAGGGCGAGCUGGGGACGCCUCCUGCGACGCGGCCCACGGUGGGCGCUGACCUCACCGACGUCGCGGCCCGGAAGAAGGUCACUGUCCGCGAGCUCGGCGGGUGCAUGGGCCCCAUCUGGCGCAGCUACUGCGGGGACUGCCGCGCUCUCCUGUUCAUGAUCGAUGCCUCUAACCCCACCCAGCUCUCUGCAUCCUGCGUGCAGCUCUUGGGUCUCCUCUCUGCAGAACAACUCUCAGAAGCAUCGGUCCUGAUACUCUUCAAUAAAAUUGACCUACCCUGUUAUAUGACCAUAGAGGAAAUUAAGUCAUUAAUCAGGCUCCCAGACAUCAUCGCCUGCGCCAAACAGAACAUCACCACGGCAGAAAUCAGUGCCCGGGAAGGCACUGGCUUGGAGGGGGUAUUGCGCUGGCUCGAGGACACAAAGAGAACCAACAGUUGACCACAAGGCGGAGAAACGAGGCUGGCCUGCUCUGUGGAGUGGAGGCAGAGGAUGGUGUUGCUGGGCCUCUGGUGGUUUUUCUUAUGGGGCAGAAUGACCCAGCGUAGUACUAGAUGGUAGAGUUUUGUGCCAAGUUGCAGUGAUGGGUAAAGUGAGGCACCCAGAAUGUGGAACUGCCUGAUAUCUGUCCUCUGAAUGGAAAGACUGCUUCCAGGGCUGGGAGGAGGACAGGCCUGCGGGUGACUGUACAUCCUGCUGCCAUCCUGGGACAGUGCUACUGGGAUUUGUUCCCCUCCCGCCACAAAACCCACUGGACUUUCCCCAAGAUGUUUGGACUGCCACUGAGACCUGGUCUCCUGACUGCAGUAUAAGUCCCAACCCACUUGAGUUUCUGCUUCCCUGACUGCGUGUCCCACCCAAGACAACCCUGUGAAGUGGACGGGUUCUGGAGGCCGGAACUCCAAAGGCAAGGUGUCAGCAGGACUGGUUCCUUCCGGAGACUCUGAGCAGAAUCUGUGCGUUGCCUACAUCUCGUGGCUGGCGGCAGGCCUUGGUGUUGCUUGGCUUGUGGCCGCAGAAGUUCAAUCCUGCCCUCAUCUUCCCAUGCUCUUCUCUCCUUUUGUCUCUCUGUGUCCUAAGGAUAUCCAUCGUUGGAAAUCGAGGAUGAUUCUUAAUUACAUCUGCAAACACUCUUUUCUCAAGUCACCUUGGGUGUUUCAGGGGUUACACUUGGGCGUAUCUUUUGGGGGCCAUUGUUCAACCUACAAUAAUUAAAUAAGAAACUCUCUGGUCC